CGUGUACUCAUGCACCUAUCAAGGUCUAGACAUUAAACGUGCCACCUUCAUCAUCGCUGCUGACCUGUUCAUGUGUCUUUGUUCCAGUGGAAACAAUUGACGGUGGUUUAUCAUCAAAACCGUCAUAAGAUGUUAGCUUCAGACAAUAAAACGGAGGAGUGUCACAGGAUCUGAAGACUAUCCGAGUUCGCCUAGGCCCAUCAUUCACAAGGGUUACAAAGAGCUGCAGGAGACUGCGUGUCCUUCUAAUCUCUCUGUUUCAAAAUCUCCGCCUUUCAGUUAUUUCUUGCAUCAUUGGAAGAUGACGAGGGUCGUCAAAAAGAGGCAAGCAUCGUUUCAACAUCGCCUUAAGACAUCCUCAUUAGUAUCAAUCUCAGUCCUCACGCCGCACCAUUAAUGUGAUGCCAUCUUCAACCUCGAAGGCGCCAAAAUCCGCUCGACUCUCUAAUGCCCCACAAAAUUUGAAAUACGAAGAAAUAGCCCCACCUAUUAGCGCAAAUAUUUCUCGUGAAUUUGUAGUCGCGACGCUUAAAAAGCCAAAGUCUAGUAAUGCAGCAAACAGUAAGAUUGGUGGACCUGUUCCGUUCUCCUCCUUCACCCUUUUCAAGCAUCAAGCGAUGGACUUGGAGUGGCUACUCGCUCGUGAGAAAGCAGGACAAGGUGGCUCAAUACUCGCACACGAGAUGGGUCUCGGAAAGACUGUGGUCGUCCCUAGCGUAUCUCUCCGCGAACAAUGGAUGCGUGAAAUUCGAAAAUUCGGUGAUGGACUAACAGCGAAAGUUCACGAUGGGCACAUGAGUGUAGACGCUCUCAUGGACGCAGAUGUUAUCAUCACUACGUAUCAGCGAAUAGAACGUCGAAUGAACAAAGAUCCCAAGGAUCCAGUUUUUCAAGCACGCUGGUUCCGCAUUAUUCUAGAUGAAUCGCAUAGGGUUGUGGGUUUAGGUGCUUGGUACAAGGCAUGCAUGGCUUUGCAAAAGCUUCAAGGGCUUUGUCUUACUGGUACCCCGUUUGUAAACAAGCUAUCCGAUAUCCAACCCCAGCUCAGAUUUCUCGACAUCACAAAUGAGCGAGGUCCGGUUGCCGAAAGCACCGCUUUCGCAGUGCGCGGCAAACGUGGAUACUUCUCCAAGGUUUCCGCACACGCAGUCGCGGAUCUUCUUGCGCAUUGUGCGCGAUAUAGGAGAAAGGUGGAUGUUAUUCAACUUCCGAAUCUAGAAAUCAAGAUUGUUCAUGUGUGGCAAACACAAGGGGAGAAGAUGAUACACGACUGGGCUCGUUCCAGCAUCAAAGAUUUCGAUAUGGCGUGGCUGGAAGCCAGGCAAGCAUGCGAUCAUCCAUUGCUACUCAUGGGCGUCUUAGGACAAUUAAUUGAGGAGCAAGGCCUGGGUGCUGAUAUAACUUCAGAUGCAGUAGACAUGUACGGACAUGGUCGGGGCCCCGAUCCGGAAGUUCUCCCAUUAAGCCUUCAGCCAUUCGCUCGGCUGUUUGGACAUGCGUACUUCUCAAGUAAAAUCCGCGCGGUAAUGGAUAUCAUCACAGGGGUGCCAGAAGGCGAGAAGGCGUUGGUUUUCUGCUGCUUUAGGGACACGAUGGAUCUGCUGGAGAUCCGGAUGAAGAAGAUGAAGAUAGGGGUGGACCAAUAUCACGGCGAACUCUCGACCAAACAACGCAUGCAAGUCCUCGACUCUUUCGCGAACGAUUCCCGUAUGAAAGUUCUCCUGAUGUCCAUUGAUGCUGGUGGUGUCGGACUCAACAUUACUGUCGCAAACCAUGUUAUUCUCGUCAACCCGUGGUGGAGCGGUUGCAAAGAGGUACAGGCCAUUUCUCGAUGCCACCGCUUUGGCCAAGACAAGACGGUUUUUGUGUAAAAAGUCAUCACACAGGGCUCUGUAGAAACCGAUGUUAUAAAGUGUCAGGAGGAGAAAAAGGACAUCAUUGAAUAUGUGCUAGACUUGAUUGCGCUUCCCCCUAUCCUCUGGGCUCGAGGGAAUGUUUUGUAACCUUACCCGUAUAUAUGAAACUAUUGUAACAUUAUGUCUCACAAUGCGUACGCCUGCUUGGAUGCUCCUACAAA